ACAUAAAGAAAAAGAAAAAAGGCCGAUCUGGAGGUCGUCUUCUUGAUUAUAACACCCGUUUGAUGGCCGUAAGGCCUUCUCUCCAAUUAAUCUCCUCCAAAUUCCCUUCCUCCCCACCCCUCUUCCGCCGCUUCUUCUCCGCCGCUCACCACCACCGCAAACCAAAACACAAACACCCUCAGCAAACCCAACCCACCCCUUCACCCCCAUCCUACAGCCUCCGGCCGACCCUCUCUCUGCAAGAAACCCUGGCGCAAAAGAUCGGAAAAGCUAUUCGCCGCCCUGGCGCCCCAUCCAAGGCUAGGGUUUAUACCGAUGUUAAUGUUAUCCGCCCCAAGGAGUAUUGGGAUUACGAGUCCUUGACCGUUCAAUGGGGGGAACAGGAUAAUUAUGAGGUGGUAAGGAAGGUUGGGAGGGGGAAAUACAGUGAAGUUUUUGAGGGGUUUCACUGUACUAAUGAUGAGAAGUGCAUUAUUAAGAUACUUAAGCCUGUUAAGAAGAAGAAGAUUAAGAGGGAGAUCAAGAUCCUGCAAAACCUUUGUGGUGGGCCAAAUAUUGUGAAAUUGCUGGAUAUUGUUAGAGAUCAGCAAUCAAAGACACCGAGUCUGAUAUUUGAAUUCGUGAACAACACUGAUUUCAAAGUACUUUAUCCGACACUUUCUGAUGUCGAUAUCCGCUAUUAUAUAUAUGAACUCUUAAAGGCCUUAGAUUACUGUCACUCUCAAGGGAUCAUGCACAGAGACGUGAAGCCCCACAAUGUAAUGAUUGAUCAUGAAAAGCGCAAGCUUCGCCUUAUAGAUUGGGGCCUUGCAGAGUUUUAUCAUCCUGGGAAAGAGUAUAACGUUCGUGUAGCAUCUAGAUAUUUCAAAGGUCCUGAACUCCUUGUCGAUUUGCAAGAUUAUGAUUACUCUCUAGACUUGUGGAGCCUUGGUUGCAUGUUUGCUGGAAUGAUAUUCCGUAAAGAACCAUUUUUUUACGGUCAUGACAAUUAUGAUCAGCUGGUCAAAAUUGCCAAGGUGUUAGGGACAGACGAAUUAAAUACUUAUCUUCAGAGGUAUCGCUUAGAGCUAGAUCCACAUCUAGUUGCUCUUGUCGGGAGGCAUAGCAGAAAACCAUGGACAAAGUUCAUUAAUUCUGAUAAUCAACAUUUAGCUGUUCCUGAGGCAAUUGACUUCCUUGACAAGUUACUUCGGUAUGAUCAUCAAGAAAGGCCCACUGCCAAAGAAGCAAUGGCACAUCCUUACUUUUACCCAAUAAGAAAUGCAGAAAGCAGCAGGACCCGUGCAUAGUGGGGAAGAAUGAAAAGCAGCAGCAUCUUGUACCCGGUUUCCCUCUAUGUUGUGACUCACAAUUGUUCGUACUUUAUUUCUAUUUCUUUUUUUUGUUAUGUCCCUUCUGUUUUUAGUUUCAUCGAGAAACCAUGUUGCGUGUCUGAUUGUAAAACUGUAUUAUUGUUGUCGUCUUUUUUUUCUCUUUCUUUUUUUUGUCAAAUGAGUUUAAAGAUUAAAACUUCAUGAUGUAUGUGUUAAAGGUGUAUUUUUGCCCAA